AUCUCAAUCCUGCCGUCGUCGUCGAGAAGCUGCAUUUCAGAACUGCGCCUGGAAGAGGAAAGGAUAAGUGAAAUUUUGCUGCAGUUCAGUCUUGGGAUACUGAAAUUUUGUCAAAGUCUGUGAAAGUGAUUGUAGCAGAAAGUGAAGCAGAACAUUAGCCAGGGGUCAAAAGACCAUGUGUAGAAUCCUAGGCCGGAAGCAAUGGAUCUGACGAGUGUUUCUUAUAUUUUCAGACGGGAAUUCGAGCCAGACACGCCAAGAUGCAGUUCAUCCGGAUCCAAUAUGGAUGCACCAAGAUUCGCUAAUUAAAGUUUUUUCUUGAAAUUUCUUUCCAGACAUGUGCAGGAGCGCAGUUUUGAAGACAAUAUCGAUCUUUUACAUUUUAAAUCAGAUGCAAGCAAUUUUAACUUUUAUAAUGUGUAUAAACGUGAUUUAGAAGAAAAAGGUUCGACAGUUAAUAAAAAACAAACUUUUUUUACUUUCUUCAGAGGAAACAUCUCAGAAGCAUGUUAUUCAUCCGCUGUUUGGAGGUGGGGCAUGUCGUUGGCCGGGAUGUGACAGGAUUUUCGAUGAAUUCGAUGAUUUUUACCAGCAUCUGCAAACGGAUCAUAUCAACGGUGAUUACUCGGCAGCCCAGGCUCGUAUUCAAAUGGAGGUGGUCUGCCAGCUGCAUUUGCAGCUACAGAAGGAACGGGACCGUUUGCAGGCGAUGAUUCUUCAUCUGAACAAGAAGAACGAAAUUGCUCGUAUUCCAAUGGCCGGGUCGAGUCCUUUCAUUCCACAGAUUCCUCCGCCACCUCCACCGUACGAUCUGAUUUCCGGUUUGCGAUUUCCUCCAUCGGCUGCGGCAGUUGCAGCGGCAUCGGCAAUGGGCGUGGCUGGUGCAGGAGAUGCUGGAUUGGUCGAGGCAGCACUGCAAUUGACAGGGAAACAACAACAGCAAGCAUUGCAUCAUCAUCAUCACCACCAGCAACAACAGCAGCAGCAACAACAGCAGCAUCCAUCACAGCAACCUGGCUGUUCUUCGAGUCGUUCGGCAAAGGGUGCUGCGAUGAGGGCAAAGUACUUUGCCGCACAGGAAUCCGAAAUGGCCGGUUUUAAGGAGGCUCACUAUCCCGAUGUUCAAGAUGAUGUACAUCGUAAUCGCGAGUUUUACCGAAGUCACGAUGUUCGACCGCCAUUUACGUAUGCUUCGCUGAUCAGACAAUCCAUCAUUGAGUCACCCGAGAAGCAACUAACUUUGAACGAAAUUUACAACUGGUUCCAGAACACUUUCUGUUAUUUCCGUAGGAAUGCAGCGACAUGGAAGAAUGCAAUCCGGACGAACCUGUCGCUGCACAAGUGCUUUGUUCGGUACGAGGACGAUUUUGGUUCGUUCUGGAUGGUGGACGAUAACGAAUUUCUGAAGCGACGCCACCUUUCGCGGGGGAGGCCUCGUAAAUACGACAUCACGAUGGCACUCGAUGGAGCGGCUUCAGCAGCGCCCAGCUCGACAGUUGAGGGAUCAGAGAUGGGUCCGCCCGUUGACGACGAUCACUUCCAUCAGCAGCACCAUCAGACCAUUCAAACAGGAACGUCCGGCUAUCAACAUCACGGACCGGAUGCACUCGGACAGCAGCAAUCCGCGGCUCUAAUCGGUGGACCUCCACCAAACAGUUACGAUCGAGAGCAGAUGCGGAACCACCAGACGGGGUCAAUGAGGGCUCCCAAAAAAGAAUUCGGCAGACGGUAAUAUUGACUAAAUUACUUGCCAUUCAGUAAAAAGGUGGUAGAAUAGAAACAAUUAAAAAUAUAUUGUGGGGUUCAUUGUAAUGGUUAUAUCGAUGGUUGAGCGUUGAUGGGUCAAAUUUACUCGAGUUGAUUCAUGUUUGUUUGAAACAAUAAUUGUUUUCUUCUAUUUGCAGCUUAACCGGAGUUCAAUACACAAAUACACAAUAAUAAUAUAUAUUUUAUUUUUUAAUUUUUUUUCCUCAGGAUUUUGGAACCAGUUUUUGUAAAUCAAGAAACUUCAUCUGCAAAUGUGUUAAUUCUUUUAUUGAAUAAACUGUUGUUUCUAA